AAGAAAGAAAAAAAAUUGAGAAAGAUGCUUAGAGUUUUACCAUUAAAGGUACGACAGUUUUGGCAGUGUCCGUGCAAGAUACCAGCUCAACUUGCCUGCAGUUUGAACUGAAGGAUAUACGGUUGUGAUUUGGUUGUGUAGAAACCGUUUUGAGGAUGUGGGUGGAAGUGGCCUUGGGGACAGCGCUGGCCAUCCUGCUGUACCUCUCCUUCCAGAAACCGAGAGGACUGCCACCAGGUCGCUUGGGUUUGCCCUUAAUUGGCUAUCUUCCUCUCAACGGCAAAUCCAUAGAAGAACAGGUGAAAGUUCUCCACCAACAGUAUGGGGAUAUCUGUCUGUGGAGGAUGGGAACCCAGGUGGUUGUGUUCAUCAACAACUACCAGCUGACGAAGGAAGUGUUCUCCAGCAAAUCUUUCACCAAUCGGCCGAACUGGGAUAUGCUAACAUUGGAAGAAAAAGUUCCACUGGGCGUGUUUGCGAGCAACGGCCACGUCUGGCACACGAACCGGCGCUUCACCCUCCGUCAGCUGAGGGACCAGGGCAUGGGCAAGUCGAGGCUCGUGGCGGGCAUACACGUCCAGGCGAGGAAGCUGGUGCAGGCGCUGAAGGAGCAGGCCAACCAGUCUGCGCCGUUGCCUCAAGCGCUCAGGGUGGGAAUCACCAAUGUGAUCUGGCACAUGAUUGCAGGCAAAACCUUCGAGAUAGGAGACGAGAAACUGAAAGAAUUCGAGCACACAAUCAAUCAACUCAACGAGGCCACAUUUUGGCUGGGCAUCCCCGACUUCUUCCCCUGGCUCAAAUAUCUCCCAAAAUUCCUACAAAAUAAACUCUUCUUGUUGGAUAGGAACGACCUCCUUAAGGAGAAACUCUUCGUCUUCUUCGAGGAAACGAUCCAGGAGCACAAGGCGUCGCUGGAUCCAAACAACCCAAGAGAUUUGAUGGACGCUUACCUGCUGGACAUCGAACAGACGAGAGACGAUCCGGACUCUAUCCGCACGAAAAAGGAUCUAGUUUUCCUAUUGCUUGACUUGUUCUUCGCCGGGAGUGAGACGACCACCAACACCCUCAUGCACUUGUUUUACUACCUGGCCAUGCAUCCUAACAUUCAGAAGAAGCUACAGGCAGAGAUAGAUGAAAUGCUGCCCAAGGGAACUCUUCCUACCCUGGAUGAUAGGCCAAGCAUGCCCUACAUGGACGCAGUCAUACACGAAAUCCUCCGCAUAACGUCCCUUGUGCCCCUUGGAGUCAUGCACUGUGCCAAUGAGGAUACACAGCUGUCCGGGUACACUAUACCCAAGGGAACCAUCAUCACCUCGGCCUUUUCUCACAUCCACUUCGACGCCAGGCACUGGGAACAGGCUGAGAAGUUCAUGCCUGAACGUUGGCUCGAUGAGGACGGGAAAUUCAACGGGAAGAGAGAUGGAUUCGUGCCCUUUGGCAUCGGGCGACGAUCUUGCGUCGGGGAGACUUUAGCCCGCAUGGAACUCUUCAUCUUCUCGACCGCAGUGUUCCAGAGUUUCACCGUCGCCCCGCCUCCUGGUACAGCCAUCGACCUCGCCCACGAUCCUACCACACCCUUUUUCCACAACGCCAAGCAUCAGAAUGUGUACGUGACAGUUCGCUAAUGGGUGUGUACUUCCUCGUUGGCUGAUGGGUGCACAAGACACGGUUCGCUGCUGGUUAGAGUCAUUUGAAUGUCGCUAGGAAAUCACGUAUGUAACACUAUAUAUACCUCAUGGAUUUUGUGUGUGUGUGUGUGUGUGUGUGUGUGUGUGUGUGUGUGUGUG